AUGGCCCCAUCAGACUCACCGGAUAACGAGAUUGCACAGCCAACAUCCAAGCGGCGCCGCGUUGCCGUAGCCUGCGAUGCAUGUCGCACGCGCAAGUCCCGCUGCGACGGCUCCCGUCCUCGAUGUUCGCUUUGCAUCGAUCUGGGAUUUGAGUGUAUCUAUACACCGCCGUUGACGGCGAAUAAUGUAAUUGUGCAGAAAGAUUACUUGCAUGGGCUUGAGGAGCGAGUUAAGAAGCUUGAGGAGUCGUUCGUGGCUGUUCGAGGAGAUGUUGAUGGGUUGGCUGCGAGGGAGAAGGGAGCUGAGGUUGGUGGGAGGGACGAAGAAGGGAGGGUAUCAGUGCCUGAUUUGGUUGGGACAGAGGAUGAGGUUGAUGCGAUGGGGGCUGUUACGUUUGCUGAUGAGGAGGAUUCGGGGUUCUUCGGUCCCUCGUCUAAUAUUGCUUUCCUGAGACACCUGUCGCGCGCUGUUGUACAGCAAGGAUAUUUUUUAUCGCCUGGUGCUGCGGAAGGUGGUAUUGUGAGUGCGUCGCGGCUGCCCUCUCCAUCGCGGAAAGCUGGUCUGGAGAAGCAGCCGCAGGUCAACAUGUUUGCUUUACCUCCUCAGUCUGAGACUUUGGAUCUGAUCCAGAGAUACUUUUCAAACACGGGUUUAUUGUUUCCCUACAUCUACCCACCAGUGUUCUUGGAAACGUACCAUCAGAUGGCACGAGAAAACUUAAAGAAAGUCCGAAGAACAUGGCUUGGCCUGUUGAAUAUGGUCCUGGCUAUGUCUGCCAUUACAGCGGUUCCUGGUGGAGCCAAAGCAGAUACACGAAUUGCGGAAUCAGACGUUUUCUAUCAGCGGGGACUCGGCUUAUGUGGGAGUGAGAUUCUCAGAGGCACAACUCUGGAAGUUGUUCAAUUUCUACUCCUAAUGGGGCAAUACCUCCAAGGCACACAAAAGUCCGUUCAAGCAUGGACGGUUCAUGGGCUUGCGGUAAAGGCUGCCCUCCAGCUUGGACUACAAUCCAAGACUGCCUCCAAAUCAUUCUCGCCCCUCGAACAGGAGACACGAAAGCGCACCUGGUAUGGAUGUGUAGUAUUAGACCGAACCCUGAGCAUGACCUUUGGGAGACCGGCUGCCAUUCCUGACAACUACGUAAAACUUGAGCUACCUUUAAAGCGUGACUUCGAAAGGUCGUCGGCAUUCGUAGAUGAUGAAACCUCAUCACUAAGCGUCGGGUUUUUCAAUGCGACCGUAACACUAUACAAGCAACUAUGGAACGUCCUCGAUCUACUAUAUGGCCAAAACAUUGGCUGUGAUUCCCCACUGCCAGUUAGCGAGACCAUGUCUCACAUAUUUAGCAUGGAACAGCACCUGUUCUCUUGGGAACGAUCACUACCUCAACCCCUUCAGCUGGUCUCCACAGCAAGCCUCGACGACAUGCCUCAGCAGCAGCUACCAUCCGAAUCCGAAUACUUCUCCUGGAAGUUUCGUGUUGUAUUGACCCUGCGCUAUCUUAACCUCCGCGUCUUACUUCACCGACCAGUUCUAGUGAAAUUCAUCUCCGCUAGCAGGUCUCCUGAUCGGAAUUCCCAGGAUCUGAAACUUCUCCAGCAGAUUGGAAUGAAUAGCAUGCAGAUCUGCACCGACUCGGCAAUGGAGAUUAUCGAUAUUGUUCACAGAGUUGUCUCUGAGCCCGGAUGGAAGCAGGGCUUGCUUGGGGCUUGGUGGUUCUCCUUGUACUACACAUUCAACGCAGCUUUGGUCAUCAUUGGCGCCGUCUGUAUCUACCGCGACACAAGCCUCAGCACCUCUCCAAUGACUGCCCAGGCCAAGAAAGCCGGCCAGUAUCCCAGUCGCGCAGUGACAUCGCUCUCGAAACUUGAUGAUGGGAAUCGUCUGAUUGACAGAUGUCGAUAUUAUCUGGAACAAUUUAAUAAGAUUCUAGUCGAUCCAGAAACCGACGACCCAAGACCUAUUUUUGCUCCUAUGCUGGAGCCUGGCUCAUUGCCAGCUGGUGAUUUCGAUCUCUCACCAUUCGGCAUGGAGCUCGGAGAAUUCAUGAUGGAUGAUGAUCUUGUUGCGAUGAUAGACAGACAGGCGCUGUUACCUACUUAUCCAGCUUGA